GUGGACAUGUUUUUUAGGUAACAAUUACUGUGACCAAUAAAUGUCUGCCGCCGACGGCCAGCAAAAAACAACGGCCACUACAACUGUUACCAACAAAACCACCAAAACAGCCGCCGCACCAAUAGUGAUCAUCAAAGAGGAAAAGAUGGACACACCUGCAGCAGCCGAUGCCACGGCAGCGCCACCGACGAUGACGACGGCGACGGCGGCCACGACUACUAACAAUAAGACAGUAAACAACAACAACAACAACAACACCGCCGAUAGCGAACAAAUGGCCGACGAUCUGCUACUCGGCGGCGGCGAUGAUGAUGGCCAAAACGAGGAGGACAAUUGUAUGGCCGACGAUAGUGUACUCGAUAUGCUUACCGAUGCCGAUACGGCAGCCAUUAGUGCUGAUGUUGCGGCCGCUGCCGCUGCCGCGGCCUCGGCUCUAGCUGUCAAUGAGGACAAAGAGACUGGUGCUGCUGCUGCUGUUGUUGUGGCCGAAGCCGCUGCUGACGGCAUCGAGGAUAUCAUUAUAGACGAGUAUGUGAAUGAAGAGAGCGAUGGCGGCGGCGGCAGCAGUGGAGGAGAUGCUGACAACACCGCCGGUGCCGAUAAAGACCAGGAAGUGGUAGACUUGGGCAGCGAUAACGAGGGCGACGACGGAGGCGGCGGCCGUAUAUCUGUUACGACGCCUGGUAUUAGCGGCGACGAUAACGAGCUGCGGACGGCCGGCCUGAAGACGUCGCUGAUGUUAAGCGAAGAAAAGAAUCAGAAAUUGGAGAAAAAAAUCAAAGAACUGGAAGACGAACUCAGACGAGUCUAUCAGCAUCUGAUUAAUGCUACCGAAGAUAAAAAGAAAAUGGAUAUCAAGUGUCGGACACUGGAAGAACAAUUAGACAGAAUAGUCGCCGGCGGCGGCGGUGACAACGGUGCCCGACAUGAGUCCAGACUACAGGAUAGACCGGACAAGAAGAAAAUGUCGCCAAAGUCGGCAUUGUUUCAGUCGCCGGCGGCCAAACAGAGCCGACCAAUGAAUACUAACAGUGAAUACGGCGGCAACAAGAAAGUCGGAUUUGCCGCCGGCGGCGGCGGCAAUCAGCCAAUUGGCAGACAAAACUAUGGCCAAAGUUUUGGCGACAAAUUCGAGCGACGAAUGCCACUAUCGGGUAACAGCGGUUCGGGAAAUUACAAUAACAACAACGACAACAAUUCGCGUCGACAGUUGCAUCCGAGCGCUUACAAACAGCCGCCACACCAUCGCCAACAACAACAGGCACCRCCACCACCACCACCGCAACCGUCAAAUACCGGUGCCAUUGGACACCAGCAGAUUACCGAACUAUCGGCUCGAUUGCGUAUACCCGAUCACGUCGAUAGAAAAGCUCACGAACUGUUCGAACAGUUUCAUACGUGUCCACAGAUUAUGGACAUGUGCUACAAGACCCGUAUCAGGCCGUCAAUUGCUGCCGCAUUCAUAUCCAGCCGACUGACCGAUUAUUUUGGAUUUUCGAUGCGUAAACUCAACGAAGUCGUCCCUACGGAUCGGUCAGCUCUACUCGAAUGUUGCGCUUUUAUUGUCGAUUUUUUGCGAAUCAAUUGUUCCCUAUUGAACGCCUCGGAUCUGGUCAAAGGUUUUUGCAAAGAUCUGGAAAUACCGCCGGCAUUGGAAAAAGCUGUCAAUCAUGUAACCAAACGGGCGUUUGCCGCCAGAAGCGAUUGGGGUCGCGAUCCGGCACUGGUAGCCGCAGCGGCUACUUAUCUCAUCAGUCAAGCAUCGCAUCACAAGCGACCGUUGACUGCGUUGGCCGGCGUUUCCGGUUUAGCCGAAGCCAACAUUGGCAGCGCCUAUCUGAAGAUGAGGGUAAUGGUCGAGCAAUUGGUUCCGCCGGACUUUGUCUUCAAUACACCCAUACAUAUGUUGCCGCUAUGAGUGUCGGCGGCGGCAGACGGCGGCGGCGAUCGGCCGCAAAAAUCACAACAAUUUAUUUAGUUUUCAUACUAUCUCUUAACCUCUCUUUCUAUCUCUCUUUCUCUUAGCUAUCGUUCCCAACCAACGAUUCAUACAUACCUUUCCACUCUCUAUGUCUAUACUAUAGCCA